CUCCGUUCACUUUUUUACUAUCACCAUUCAGUUUAUACUGUAAUGUUCAAAUAUCAAAAUCAGAUUUUUCUCUACAUUUGUUCUUCGUAGUGCUCUGGCCUUGAGGCAAUCAGAAUGAUUUCAUAAUUGUCAUACUUUCUCUUCUUUUCUCUUUCGUAACUUUACGUGGCUCCUGAGUGCACUUUACUAAUGUUACUCUCGUCGUCAUGAACAUCACACCAACACUCCGGCUAUUAUGGCCCAAAAUAUGUACCAAAAGUAUAGCUAGAAUUACCUAUCAUAAUCAACGACGUUAUGCUUCAACUACAACAGCAGUAGCAAAUGUAAAUCAGAAACCUGAUUGGAAUAGAGCAGUCUCAGAGGCAGAAAAGAUAGUUGGUUACCCUACAUCAUUUCUAAGUCUUAGAUGGCUACUCAGUGAUGAAAUCGCAAAUGUUGCUUUGCAUUUACGUAAGCUAGUUGGUUCCAAUCAUCCUCUUCUAAAAACAGCCAAAGGACUUUUGUAUAAUGGAAGAAAUAAUAUGCAAGCAUGGGGUUUGAUUGUUCUUCUAAUUUCUAAGGCAGCUGGUCAUCUAAAUGUUGAUGAGAUGGAAGAAGAUAAAGCAGCUGGAGUGCUGCAUAGCCAAAGGGCAUUAGCUGAAGUUACUGAAAUGAUAAGAACAAGCCAUCUUGUACAUAAUGGUAUAGUAAAUAUAUACCCAGGGUUAUAUCCAGAACCUGUAAUACUAAAUGAUAUGGCUUUUGGAAACAAAAUUGCACUUUUAAGUGGUGACUAUUUGCUGAGUAAUUCAUGUGCAGAAUUAGCUUCUCUUAGAAACCAAGAACUAGUUGCACUAAUAAGUAGUGCUUUACGUGAUCUGUCUGAAGCUGAAUUUAUUGGUAGAAGAGAUAGACAGAAUAAUCCUUUACCCUCACCUUUUGAACCACUCAAUCAAAGUUGUAACUCAUCGUUACCACUAGAUCCACUCGAACCAUCAAGUUCAUUAGGAAGUAUGCCUCUUACUCCAGCAUUACAAGAUUGGACUAGACGUAAUGUUCUUUCUGCUGGUAGUUUACUCGGUAAAUCGUGUCAAGGGACUUUAGCUUUAGCUGGUCAUGGUGUUGAACUACAAAAACAAGGAUUUUUGUUUGGAAAGCAUCUUUCACUUGCAUGGCAGGCAUAUCUAGAUCUAGAACCUUUUAUGUCUGGAUCUCCAUAUUCAUUGGGUAUUUCAUUUAACCUAACAUCAGCUCCAGUUAUGUUUCACUUAGAACACGAUCCUUCUCUCUUUGAAGAAAUUGACAAAGGCAUAGAAUCUGUACAAAAUGUUGAUUAUGCUAAGGUACAUAAUAUUGUAUUGAAAGGCCCUGGAAUAGCAUACACAAAACAGUUGCAAAAAGAACAUUCACAAAAAGCUAUGAAAGUUUUGGAAGUCUUCGAAGAAAGUGAUGCAAGAACAGCUCUAUCAAAUAUUAUAGUUGCUAUGGGUGGAGAAUGAAAUAUUU